CGCCCGCUCCUGACGUCGCCGCGGCGCAGGGGUUGGGUGCCACGUUGCUGCAGCCCGUGCGAGCCGCUGGAGGCUCCAGAGCGUCGCGAGCUCAGUCGCCGGCGAGCGUGCUGGUGUGUGUGUGUGUGUUGCACCCAGGAGCAGGAGCUGCCCGCUCUUCCGAGACAGAGGAAAAAAGGACGGGACAGAACUGCCCAGCGGAGGACAAGAGUCCCCAGAGUCGUCGUCCUCCCCACCCCGGCCGCGAACAUGCUGACCGAUAUGAUGGUGGAGGAAGAGUUCGAGAUCAAGGAGGAGGAGCCGUGGUAUGACCACCGGGACCUGGAGCACGACCUGCACCUGGCCGCCGAGCUGGGCAAGACCCUGCUGGACCGCAACCGCGAGCUGGAGGAGGGGCUCCAGCAGAUGUACUCCACCAAUCAGGAGCAGCUGCAGGAGAUCGAGCACCUGUCCAAGCAGGUGGACCUCCUCCGCCAGAUGAACGAGCAGCACGCCAAGCUCUACGAGCAGCUGGACGUGAGCGCGCGCGAGCUGGAGCUGACCAAUCAGAGGCUGGUGGUGGAGAACCGCAGCUCGCAGCACCGGAUCCAGGGGCUGACGGAGACCAUCGAGAGCCUGCAGGCUCAGGUGGAGGAGCUGCAGCGGCAGGCGGAGGAGCUGCGGGCGCCUCGGCGCGAAGACCGCCUGAGCCGAGACCUGGCCGAGCAGUGCCGCUCCACCACCACGCAGAGUGUGUCCUGCCUCAAGGAGCUCUAUGACAUGCGCAACCCGGAGAGGCGCCCGCUGAAGCGCUGCAGCAGCGCGGAGGAGAUCCGCAGGGGCCACGAGCGCACCUGCGCGCGCCGCUCGGAGGCGGUCAAGCAGCGGGGCAUCUCCCUCCUGAACGAGGUGGACGCGCAGUACAGCGCCCUGCAGGUCAAGUACGAGGAGCUGCUGCGCCGCUGCCAGCUGGGCGAGGACGGGCUCAGCCACAAGGCCGUGCAGACGGCCCGCCGGCCCUCGCGGGGCGCCCUGCCCCUGCCCUCGCCCGGCGCCGACGAGCCGCUGGCCUCGCCCGACGGCCAGCAGCCCGAGUACAAGGCCUUGUUUCAGGAGAUCUUCAGCUGCAUCCAGAAGACCAAAGAGGACCUGAGUGAGAACCGCGCCGGCCAGGCGCAGUGAGCCAGGCCGCCAGGCAGGGCCCGCUUUCGUUCUGGGGGCCCGGGGCCUGGUGGAGCUGGGGGCCCCGGCGCCACGUGGGCAGACAUGCGUCUCUCCGGGGCCGUUCCAGUUGUGCUCCCCAGAACGCAGACGAGAGCCAGAAACCCACCGGUUUGGAUUAUUUUCCUGUCGAUGUUCAUUUUUUGUCAAAACCAAUCUCCGAAAGCCGUUUUUCUUAGUUUUUUUUCCUCUCUCUUCCGGGGCAGCUUGUUUCCUCGAAGUCUUUUCGAGACGUUUCCCCCGCGGCGCUUCUCCGCGGGACGAUGGCCGCCCCACGCGAGCUCGUGUCGCGUUUCAGACACAACGGCUGAUCAGGAUCCGCCUGUCCUGCACACGUUUCCACCGAGGACAAACAAGCCCCUUUCUCUUCAGGGAGCACCUGGGCCCUCAGUCCUCUCUAUAGCCAUAAAGCUUUCCAGAUGCAGCUAUUGGUCACCACUUCUGUUGCAUCUAGGAGUGGGAGCUGUUUUUAAACCACCGGGGACAAAAUUAAGACUUUGGGCUAUUUUCAACAGCUUUCAAUUUGAUAAAAAAAAAACCUCGCAGGGAAGAGGAGACUUUCUGAGAAAUGUGUGGUUUGCGAAUGUUAAACGAGAAUAGGCCAGCACUGUAUUAUAAAGAGACAACAACUGUGCGUUGACAUUCUGAACAGUGAUGUAACAAAUGUGAUUUCCUGAAACUUUACGCUUGGCUGUCUUGUACUAAUGAACAGCCAUGUAUAUGUAGAUAUUUAUUAUUACCACAGGACAAAGGCAAUCAGAAAUGUGCAAAAGCCAGUUCGAUUUCAACCUACACGGAGGUUAAAUGUUUCUCCUGAAAUCCAGUGAUUCAUCCCGAUUCCAGCUAGAUCCAAGGUGUCCGACCCCGCUCCCAGAGAACCCCAGUCCGUAUUGUAGGUUACCAAUUUCUAAAGUUUGGGAAAACCUGGAAGUUAUUGAUGAAAUAAUUUGUUCAGGUUAGAGGUCCUCGGCUGUUUAAUUGACGACAAGGCUUUAGACUGUAGGGUUCCAGGUCCAGCAGGGCCUGGUGCCUUCUGGGUUUCGUUCCAAAGCCAGGAGUCAAUUAAACAAUUAAUCACCCAAGGCAAUCUUAGAAUUAUGCAAUUAAUUAAUAAGACCAAGUUUGUAACCUGGAGACAACCAGACCCUCCAGGAAUGGAGUUUGACCGAACCUGGUGUUGCAAUAGUGGCUUCGAAAACCUGGACUGGGGCUCUCCAGGAUCAGGCUUGGAGUGUCAAUUUGGAAGGAUAUCCUUAACCAAUGGUAGGUAGCAGAGCUGAGGUACUAGUAUAGCAUGUGUUGAAGUCUGUGCUUGCAUGUCUUUUUGUAGCUCCCUCAAGAGUGUACUGCACAGCAGCUUUUGAAAAGGAAAAAAAACGAAAGCUCAGGGCCACGUCAGCAGCAUGAAGCUGGGCUGUAGUCAGUCCAGGGGUGCCCGAGUCCAGUCCUGAUGGUGCACAGUCCAGGGAGUUUUCAUAGCAGCUUGGCUUUUAAUACCCCCAUAGAACUAAUUACUGUUCCUAUGGCUUCUGAUCUAAAGAAAUGAAGAUAACGAGCUGGACUGUGGACCUCCCUGAUCUAGUCUGUUUUGCUAGUCUUGUAGAUUCCGUAGUUUGAAUUACUAACCUUAGGCUUAUGAAGUGUCCUGUAUCUGGGCCUGUGUAUACAUAGCAGAAUAUACUGUAGUGCUUUGCACUUUAGGGUGAUGCAGGGUUUCUCUUGUAUUUUAACACCUUGUUUAGCAGAAACAUGGUGGGUGGGGGGAGCUUCUGCACUCCAAUGUGAAAUGCGAUCGCUAUCGCAGCUGCUGGUCUGGCAUGCACAGCUGCAUUACUGAGUCAUGACGUGGUCGGUCUUGCUGAGAAAUGUUGGACACUUUUUCUUUCUGUGCACUCCUGACGCGAAAAAGGCACAUUUGUGGAACGUAACUGUCACGUUGAAGAUGGAACAGAGAGAGGGAUAAGGGAACAGAAUGAUAAAGGAGACUGUGUUGAGCAAAGGAGAACAGGAUUAGAGCAGGUGGUGGCAUUUGUUUUCCCUGGAACUAAAAAAAACAACAACCCUAAAAACCGCAUAAGCCAAGCCCAAAACUCAAGUGUCCAAAAAGUGAUAUUCGGGCACAGGAGUUCAAUGGAAAGUGGCUGUUGCUUUUUUUUUGCCCUAAUUGCGGUCUUUGUUAUUUGUGUGGCUGUUUCGAGUGAUUGUAGUGAUGCAUCGGAAAAACAACCUUCUCUACUGCCUAAAAAUGUGGUGCCAGCACACUAAGAGUGAAGAGCAGAGAUCAGACUACCUGCUGGCUCUCUGACCAGCUUGGCGGGGCAGAGCUGACGUAAACUGUCCUUCAACACACGCCACUCGGAAGGCGACAAACUCAGCAUUUAUCUCCACUUGACGCCUGUCCUAUUUAACUACUGAUGUUUUCACUAGCUGGUUCAGUCACUGCAAGGGCACGGCUGCCUCUCUUCAGGAAAAGCUGGUUUUACAUCGAAACGGUCCGGGCAGUUGCAGAAUUAGGAUUUAGUCUUCAAAAGUGCAAGGGGAGUAUCUGAUUGGCAUAAACAGAUCAAGUACGUGCGUUGUUAUUCAAGCGCCUGCCCAUCUGUGGUCACCACAGGAAGAGCAAUCUCCUGCUGGGCGCCGGCAGCCAGUGCAGACUGCAGUCAGACUCCAAUUGCACUCUCGUGGAAACCACAGAGCAGCCUCCAGCCUUGCGUAUUGAAGACCAACGUGCAGGUCAAAGCAAUUGCACCUUUAGCAACAAUUUAUCAACCUAAAACAGGGAAGGACAGGAGAUGGGUUGGACUCAGUGCAGCAGUUUGCGGAGACAUACCUGCGUGAACGCUGAGUGAGUGUGGCAGGGCCGGGCAGAGUUCCAGGGAAAUUCAGGCCGCUGACCGCUGUACUAGGAGGGAUGGGGGGGCUCUGGCAUAGAGGUGUGACGAGAGGAGAUGAAACGGUCUCACAGUCACGCUGCAGGCUGAGUGUUCGGAAUCUACAAAGAAGAAAAACCUGGCAGGAUUUGCUGUCCUGCGAGCUGGGUCUUCUUGGCAUAAUUGAUUCGGGGAAAGAGGAGGAUUUUUUUCUCCCCCCUU